CGUGACACGAUUCGAGAAUGAAAUCAUGUGGACACGAGAUCCACGUUAUUGUGAAGGAAGAAGGAAAAUCGCGAGACUGAGUCAAGAUCAAAUCUGCGUCUCUCCAAGUCAACUUUUCUGCUUAACCCUCCCUAUACAGAUAAUUCCUGUCCACCCAUUUAAUCCCAGGCUCCAUUUCAUCUUCAGGAAGCAGAAAGAAAUUAGCAGACUGACCAAAUCCGCAUCUUUUUUUUCUUUUCUUCUUCUCAUUCUCUCGUCUUUUUCUCACGAUUCGCUUGUUUUUUCGCUUAAUGUAAAGACAAAUCGCGACGGCGAAACAAAAUAUAAUUUUUGCUGUCGGGCGGAAGAAAAGUUCGAGGUCAUGACGAAUGAGCGAGUUGAAGAUGCGAAUAAUGGCGGGAAGAAGCUGAGUUUGUUCAAGUCUUGGCAGACCUGGUUUCAUGAUUCCAGCAGCAGCAGCUCCAAUGAGGCUUCGGACUCCGAGGUCUCAUCAUCGCAACCCAGCAGCCAAGAACCCUCGCAAGCAUCAGCUCUCAACAACGUUGAUUUGUCUCUGAUGACGAGAAAACGAGACCCAGGUUCCUCUUCGGAACCCGUUGAGAAAAGGCCUCGUUUAACUCCGAUGGGCUCGGGGUACUUCGAACCAGAAAUGUUGAAGGCAUCAGUAGCGGCCCAAGCUUUGAAUGACUGCGUCUCAUCGUCGCGACCCCAACGGAUCCAUACCCUCAACUUUCGUUACCCACACUGCAGAACCCCUUUGAAACCAUGUCCCAAGAGUCCUUGGGCAGCUUCGCAUGAGCAAGAGAUAGCUGGAAGAAGCAGAACCGUGAUCCCGCCGCCAUUUCCUUUUUCCAUCCCUGGCCGGGAGAAGCAAACCCAGAUUGAGUACAAGCUCAAGACCGGGAACAAGACGUGUCAAACUGUGGCCAGUGUCGGGAACGCCGUGGCCUCGGACACCAGUGACCUUUUGCCCGUGCCACCAACCAGCAGCAGCAGCAGCAGGCAAAUGAUGGGAGGGGUUUGUCGACACGGGAGACCGUAUUCGGGGGUGCUAAUGACUGACAAGGGCACGCAAACGAGUCCCAUGGCAGCAUCUGUUACCUUGCAAAGAAAGAGCGCCAGUAAUCGUGUGAACAAAAAGGGAUUCUUCUUCUGGGUGUCGUCUUACUUGAGGAAAUUGAAUAAGAAACUUCCUGAAGAUGUCAAUGGGAAGAAGGAAUUUGUAGUGCAACAGUUCCAGGGUGCUGAGAAUAAUAAGCUCAGACAAAAGCGGACUUGGAGGGAAAGUGCUGGGAAUGAUGAUGAACUCCUGGAUCAAAGGAUGAAUAACAUUGGCCAGGGUGAUCAUGAGGCCAGAGAACAGAGGCCCGUAAAUUACCCAGACCAUCAUCCACAGCAUCAAAAUCAACAACAGCGACAUCAUAUUAUUCAUCAGCAUGAUGAAGACGCCCUGCUGCAGCAGAAGCCACGCAGGGUGCCAUUUCAUCUGCCUUCGUGUCCGGGUCGUAGAUGUCGCCUCUGUCUCGCCGGCACCAUUGCCUCCGUGUCGCACGUCAAGCACGUGCCUGGCAUCACGGACACUGAGCACUGGGCCAAAGGUCGGGUCAAAUUUGCCCCAGUGGCCAUUGGUUCUGAUAGUCAAGCGGCUUUGGAUGCCCAAGAGUGGAUGGAUCGUGGGUCCGAGACCCUUGUGAGGAGGUCGUCGGAUCGGGUUGCUUGCUACUCACCCAGGAAGCGAAGGAAGCUGAUGGAACCCUUUGCUGAGAAUGAAAAUGUGGGAAUGGAAGACGAAACCCCGCAGAUGAUUCCGGAAAACGCUUCAAGGUCCACUGCUGUGCACCACGAUCUCAUCACCCACCACCACCAGCACCACCAACAACAACAACCAGAGGAAGAUGCUCUUGCAUCAGGCAUGACAUUGAGGAAUAUUUACGGACCCCACUCGUCGGGUUUCGGGAUCCCAUCCCCAUUUACGACGCAUAAUAGGCUGACGGGGUUCGAGCGUCGUCACGCGCAAAUCGGAGAACUCAUGGGUUUGUCGGCCAAUUACAUUUUCAACAACAAUCAGGACUUGAAUGAAGUUCUCCAGACGAGGGACCGGAUGGAAGCUGGAGAAUUUCUAGUUGAUCUUGUUGGACAAACUCAAGACAGAUUUCAGAAGGAGCUCAAGAACAAGAACCAGUUGUCGCGAAUUUUCGGAGGCACUUCUGCAGAACCAAGCAUAUCGAAUUUAAUCACCAGCUUUGAGCUGACGGAA